AUGGUUUCGGCAGCAUUCCGUAAGAAGGCAGAAAAUUACAUAUCCUUAAAUCCAUAUUUAAUGAUCUCUAAGUCGUGGUGUCCAGAUUGUCACUACGCAUAUAGGAUUUGGGAACGCUAUAAUGCUAGAGACAAGGUCUAUAUUAUUGAGCUAGAUAAGUUUGAAGAUGUUGAGGAAGCUAAACAAUUGGAAGAAGCAUUUGCAGAAAUUGCAGGAAGAAAAUGGGUUCCUACUAUUUUCUUUAAUGGAAAAGUGUUCGGUACGGAAGAAGAUUUAAAGAGGUUGGAAAACGAAGGCAAGUUAACACAAGUCCUCAAAGAUGCUAACCUAUUUUAA